GAAAAUCCUUAUCAGGUCCUUCCAGCAGACGUCGAUAAAGAUGAGGAGAUGGCUGCUCUUGAACAAAAAGAAACACAGCAAGCAACAUCAAGAGAAGUAGAUAAGCCAACAAGCACAAGCACGCCUACAAGCACCUUUUGGAAUCGUCUGGGAUCAAUCCCAGUAGUCCAAGACACAAUACACACUCUAGAAACCAAAGCAGGCGAGAUCCAACUCGGUCGCCUUGUGGUUGACCAAGCACAGGCCACUAUAACCAGAGUCCAGUCACUUACACAGCCCUUUGAACCUCUUUACCGGCCCUUGUUGUCGACUGGGGAGUCGCUUGGCUGUAUGUCCUUGGACGCUUUGGAAAGUCGCUUUCCAAUUAUCCAGAAACCAACUGCUGAUUUGGUACAGGAAAUAAAAGAAACUCCUUCUCGUGUUUAUUCUACCAUCUAUCUACAGGUGGAUGAUACGGUGAAUCGCGUCCAAACUCCACUGGUGACUCAAAUUCAUGGCCUUGUGGACCGCUGGAUGCCUGCCGAGAAAGAUGAACAACAGCGUGAAGCAAAGCGUCACGUGGCCCCUGAUCAGUCCUUUUCGCAACUUGCCCACAAGAUCUCUGACAGAUUCAACCGCUGGCUCACUUACCGUCUCGACUCUGCUCACACAACACCUGUCGAUCGUCUUGUUCAAGGCACGACUUAUCAGAUUGUCGAUCCUCACAGCUUCAUAAACGAGAGAAUCAACAAUCUGGCGUCAACCACUAUUGCUGGUGUAGAUGCCACGUCUACAUUUAUUACCAAGCAUGGACCAGGCCUUCCUGUAUUUAUCGAUAGUCGUAUCCAGCCAUGGCGUCAACGUCUUCAAGAAGAGUACUCCCUUAUUCGCACCGAGGCACUCAAACCAGACGUCUCUCCUCUUCAAAAGGCAUCUACAUUGCUCAAGACUCAUGCAAUUCUCCUUAGUCCAAAGCAUUAAAAGGCAUAAAAUAUAUAUCUUGUCCUUUUCAAACAUUUUUUUUAAAAAAAACAAAAAAGUUUUCAUCUAUAAGGAAUAAAAAUAAAAAUAAAAAUAAAAAUCAAUACAGGAUGUUUAAUAUC